ACUACUUUGACUGUCAUUCUCUUCUGUUGUGUCUUGCUAAAUAGAAUCUGACAGCCAUUCUUGUGACCAUUGAUCUUCUGUCUCUUGGGGUUCAAGAUCAUCUUCCCAAGGAGCGUCUUCCCCUAAGCAUCCAAAAACUGCUCCAGCUAUUCCUAAUUCUUUGAUCAUCUGUGAAUUUCCAUACACUAUAGAUUCGGAUCAUUAUCUGCUGUAACUGUAUUUCUGUGACUGCAGACCUAGAGCAAUGAAGCUGUAUCUUAGCGUCCUGCUACUCUUCAGCUGCCAGUUCAUUCACACUCUGGCUUUAAACUGUGAAAUGAUUUGUGGCACCCUGAAGCAGAUAGACGCUGGGUCAGGCUCAGUGGUUGGAGUGAACAAUCAAAAUGAGGUCUUCAUCCUGAUUAAUAACGUCUUCACAAAGGUCUUUACGUCUCUGAAGCACUUCAGUGUUGGUCCUGCUGGUCAGUUUGGGGUGGAUACAGCAAACAACAUCUUCAAGGUGCGGGGUGGCAGCCUUGUGCAGAUUGCAGGCCUUCUCAAACAGGUGGAUGCUGGAGGAGAUCAGAACACUGCAGGGGUCAAUAUGCAUGAUAACAUAUAUUGUUUAAAUAUGGAUGCUAACAACAAAUUGCCAUCCAGCUCUGUUCCUUGGGUUCAACUUCCGGGAAAGCUGAAGUAUUACAGCUGUGGCCCGUACAGCUGUUGGGGAGUGAACAGCAAUGACCACAUCUACAUCAAGAUGGGUGUGUCUGGUAAUGCCUGUUCAGGGACUGGCAACUUUGUGAAUAUUCCUGGACUUCUGUCCAUGAUUGAAGUAGCAACUGAUGGCAGUGUCUUUGGUGUCAAUGCUCAAGGGGCCUUAUUCCAAAGAACUGGCAUCACUUGAUCCAACCCCGCUGGCACAAACUGGAUCUCGAUGGUUGCCUGUCCCAAUGGCCACAAGCACGUGAGCUUUGACCUAGGAUUGUUGUGGGUCGUCUGUGUUGAUGGCUCCAUCCGUAAAUGUACUUUAUAGUUUGUCAUGCAUUACUGCAGCAACAGAGGAGCUCAAUCAUUAACAGAAGAUGUCAACAAAACAGCUUGUAAACAAUGUCAAAUAACGUCACAUUUACCUGCCAUUCAAUGUCCAAUGUAAAAUGAACUUUGAGAGCAGCAUUUUGUUAAAUAUAUGCUAUAUUUCAUAUUCAUUAUAUUUUUACGUAACCCUUUCUUCAAUACUAUUUAAUGUUUGAAUAAAUCUGUUUUAUGACAGCCACUAUUUAACGUAUUAAAAAAGUGUAGAAACAUAAUUAUGUCAUAAAAAUGUAUCAGUAUAACAUUUUAAUUUUAACCUUUAAUAUUAUAAUUAUGUACCAACUGGGGUUAACUGGGAUUUUUUUUUCCAUGCUUGUGAAUUGAAAUCGAAUCCAAUUGUGAAAUUUGUGUCAAUGCCCAGCCUAUAGUGUCAAUAAAUGUUUAUUUUUUUAUUAGGGGCCAAGCACUGAAGGUACAUUGGCACCUAUUGUAAUCAUUUGUACAGACCAUACAACUGUAUGCGGGAAAAGUGAAAUUUGGCACACUGUUAGAGGACAGUCUGACAUGUGUCUAUAGCCAAUUUGGAGUCUCUAACUCAAUCCCUCUAGCGCCACCACUUAUCCAAAGUUCCACUCAUGUUUAUGCUAAUAACUUUUGAAUUACAAACAAAGGGUUACAAACAAAAUUCUUUUUUCCUCUGAUUCCUUGGCUCAAGAUGAUUCGACUUCAUUUUCCGUCAUUUUCACAAAAAUUGAACCAGUUCAUCUACAGACCAUCCCAAAAAAAAAAAUUGAGAAUUCAAGUCAAUUUCUUAAACUGUUUUAGAAACAUGCGCAAAUUAUUUUUUACGUAGCGCUUGCAAAAAUAGACAUAAGGCUAUAUCUCGACAACGCUUUAUUGUAUUCAGACCAAACUUGGUAUGUGUUAUCACAAGCAUGACCUGAGGCAACUUGCGAAUUAAAUUAAAAUCUUUAAUUGCUCACUGUUGCAGUUAGUCUGAUGCUCACAGCCAUGUUGGCUGGCUUGUUGUGCCAUCUUUGUUGUGCUUGGCUGCAUAUAUGUAAUUUUUUUAUUUUAUUUUAUUUUUUUUACUUGAAGCAAAUGUUGUCUUUUCCCAUUAUUUUAUUGUCAGAGUGCACCAGAAUCUUUUUCUUGCUGUUGAAUCAAUAAAGCAUUUUCAUAG